AUGAGCUCGCCUGUAUUGUCAUUACACCAGCACUACUUCCACGGUUCCAUGGUUCCAGCCACACGUGGAUCGCCCGUACAGUAUGUCGGCAUGUCAUCGUUACAUAUUACAAAGGCGUACGGUGUUUUCAUCUCGCCUGGCACCGGCUACCGCAACAACGCCGCCAGCAGUACAGCUACCGGCGACGCAGCUAAGGGCAUGUACGCGGUCCUGGAUGGGACCCAUUACAACGGUGGCUGCUGCUUCGAUUACAGCAACGCCGAGACCAACAGCCAUGAUAUGGGCAAUGGCCACAUGGAGGCCAUCUACUUUGGCGACAACACUGUCUGGGGCACUGGCGCUGGCAGCGGCCCGUGGGUCAUGGCUGAUCUUGAGAACAGCCUGUUCUCCGGCUCCAGCCCCAGCAACAACACCGCUAACCUGUCCAUCUCCUACCGGUUCCUUACUGCCAUCGUCAAGGGGAGGUCGAACCAGUGGGCAAUCCGCGGCGCCAAUGCUGUGUCUGGCUUGCUAUCUACCUACUACAACAGCGCGCGCCCAAGCGUGUCCGGCUACAACCCCAUGAGUAAAGAGGGCGCCAUCAUUCUCGGCAUUGGCGGCGAUAACAGCAACGGCGCGCAGGGCACCUUCUAUGAGGGCGUCAUGACCUCCGGCUACCCGUCCGACGCCAUGGAGAACUUGGUGCAGGCCAACAUCGUCGCAGCUAAGUACGCCACCACGUCGCUGACCAGUGGCCUGGCCCUUACCAUUGGUUCCUCUAUUUCCCUGCGCGCCACUACAGCCGGCUACACCGCGCGCUACAUCGCACACAAUGGGUUGACGAUCAUCUCUGAGAUCGUCUCGUCGUCCAGCGCCACCGCCCUCAAACAGCAGGCUAGCUGGACAGUUCGCGCCGGCCUGGCCAAUACCGCCUGCUUCUCGUUUGAGUCCAAGGACACCCCUGGCAGCUUUAUCUGGCACUAUAACUUUGUGCUCCAGCUCGCCGCCAACGACGGCACGAAGCAGAUGCACGAGGACGCCACGUUCUGCCUGCAGGCCGGCAUUAAUGGCCAGGGCAACUCCAUUCGGUUGUGGAAUUAUCCCACCCGCUAUUUCCGACACUAUAAUAACGUGCUUUACGCUGCGAGCAACGGUGGUGUGCAUACGUUUGAUGCUGCUACUUCGUUUAACGACGAUCGAGCAGCAGUUUCCAAAAUUACCCCCAAAACACAUUAUGCCGCCGCUGUUCGCUCCGCAUGUGGGCGAGAAGACCGGCGCGGGGAGCGUCUCGUUGGUAUCGUUGCACUUGCCGAAAUACGGGUUGCAGCGGUCCGCCUUGCAGGUCGCGAUGGUGGAGCCGCAGUAGUUGUUCAGGCCGCAGCAGUCGCCGAAAGCGCUGCCCUCGCAUGUGGUGUUGAAGGCGUGGCCGCAGUAUCCGUCCUGCGAGACGGGGAACGCGGGGAGAAACGGCUCGCCCCAGGGGACGGGGACGGGGCUGGUGUAGUUCCAGUCCGGGGUGGCUCGGGCGCAGUAGGUGAGGCCGGGCUGGAUGCUGGCGGUGCAGUUGCUGGGCGAGAGGGACGGGUUGAAGGCGAGGAAGAGCUCCGAGGAGACGACGUAGUUGAGGCAGAUCUGCUCGCAGGUCAUGUCGCCUGCGGUAUACCACUCGCCGCACCUGGUCGUCGUGUUGGGCGCCACGACUGCGCCGGCUGGGGGGUCGACGAUAGCGGGGGCGUACCCCGGUUGUGGGGUCUGGGCGUUGGAGAAGUUAUUGGCGAUUACGGUCCAUGGCUCUCCUGGGGCAGACACGCAGAUCCCGUAGUUGAUGGCCCCGUUCCAAUUGACGAGAUCAAUCCAGGAGACCCCGUACUCGAGCCCGAGACCGACGCACGUAUCACCGGCUUGGACUUUUACGGCUUUGAUGGUGUGGAUAUCGACUGGGAGUAUCCCGUUGCGGAAGAGCGCAGUGGUCGGAAAGAAGACUUUGACAAUUUCCCCAAGUGGAUGAGGAACCUGCGCUCUCAGCUCCAGAGCAGUGGAAAGAAGUACGGGUUGACUCUGACCCUCCCUGCGAGUUACUGGUAUCUCCAACACUUCGACAUCAAGAGACUGCAGGAGUCGGUCGACUGGUUCAAUGUCAUGUCCUAUGAUAUGCACGGCACCUGGGACCAGAACAAUACCUGGGUCGGACCAUUCCUGAAUCCCCACACGAACCUGACCGAGAUCAAGGGGGCACUAGACCUGCUCUGGCGCAAUGAUAUUGAGCCGGCCAAGGUAACGAUGGGCCUGGCGUACUACGGCCGCAGUUUUACCCUCUCAUCACCAGACUGCUUCGAACCGGGCUGCACAUACAAGUCUGGUGGCAAUGCAGGUCAGUGCAGCAGCACAGUCGGAUUCCUCCUCAAUUCCGAGAUCCAGACUAUAAUCAGUGAGAAUGGCCUCACUCCCAAGUUCUACGAAGAGGAUGCCGUCAAGGCGAUCCACUGGGGUGACCAGUGGGUGUCGUAUGACGACGCAGACACCUUCAAGAUCCGCGGCGAUUUUGCAAACUCGCAGUGCUUGGGGGGCGUGAUGGUGUGGGCCAUCAGCCAUGACGAUCAUAAGUCGACCUCUGCCGAAGGGCUGAUGACCGGCCUUGGGAAGAAACGAAUGCAGCUGCCUUCGUACUCUGCCGCGAGCGCAGCUCCGUCGACAUUGACCAAGAGGGAUGACAGUGCCGGCAGCAAUGUGGACGUGUGUCGUUGGACCAACUGCGGCGAGAAUUGUCCCGCCGGGUGGAAAUGGAUCAGGCGCGCAGAUAGCGACACUCUCAGUAUGACUGACGAGACCUACUGCUACUCGGGUCAGGAUUCCCGCAAGUUCUGCUGUCCAGGCGACGUGGACCUGCCCAGCUGUCAAUGGCGCGGUAUGCCGAAACACGGCGGGAACUGCAGCCCCGGGUGCAAGGACGGUGAGGUUGAAGUCGGCACGCUGGGCUAUCCAUACUGCCAGACCAAGCAUCAGUCUGCCUGCUGCACUGUCACGCCGUCUACGGCCCCCUACGGUGAAUGCAAGUGGGUGGGAAGCGCGGGCCUGUGUUCCUCGUCCGGCGGCCAUAAAGACUGCCCCAGCGAUUAUCCGACGUUUGUCUUUGCCAGUUCCAACGGCGCCGGCGGAGAGCAGACGUGUACGCAGGGAGCCAAGAGCUUCUGCUGUAAGGGCGAGGUGCCCUGGCAGUUCAAGAAGUGCUCGUGGCAAAAGAAGGCCACCAAUUUUCUGAGAGCGGAGGCAUUCUGCGAGAGCUCCUGCCCCGAAGGACAAACCCGGCUGGGAAUGCAUGCAGGCGACUGCGGGCUGGGCUGGGAGGCAUACUGCUGCGCAGGAGAUCCCCCGCCUCCCCCAAAGACUGAUGACGGGGGCAGUACUGAGCCGAACACCACCACCGUUGAGCCCCGCGACCCCAAUCACCUAUACUACUACGAGUAUCAGUCCUUGAUCUCAAGAUACAUGCAGGAUCCAGGGGCCCCGCCUGAUUUCCACAGCUACUCCUGGUCGCCGGAAGAGGAUCAAGCACUGGUGGAGCGGACCAAACUGAACCUGUACGACUUUGAGCUUUUCAACACGUACAAUGCGCGAACGAUGGUGUCGAACGUCCAGGCCCUCAUCGAUCUGUACGACCAUACCGGGCCGCCGGUGACGUACGGCGACCAUUUCCUGAUGGCCGAGAUGAAUGCUGCGAUCAACCAGUCCGGGGGUGGCAUUGAUCGGUAUGCCUAUGUCAGUGACUUGAUGGCCAACCCGCGGACGGCUGACGAGGCAUUGAACUACAUGGACACGGCUGUCGAUGACCUGUGCACCAUUCAAGAGGCCGAGGGCACCGCCCCGGCGAAACGGGAUACUCCUGCGGCGGAGAGUGACAAUGCAGACCUUGAAGAACGACAUAUCAAUAUCGUUGAUAUAUCUACCGACUCAAAGGUAAAUGGGCAGCCGACCAUGCGGACCAUCCUGCGCGGCAUCAGGAAUGGAGACCUGACCCUGCACUAUGCCCGGUGGGAACAUUUCAACGACCGGAAUGGCGACGGGAGCAGAGAAGGUCCUUUACUGGAAAUAGCCUAUUGGAUUGGAAGCGAGAUCGGGACUCUGGGGGCCAAUGCCAACGAGUAUCAAGAAACAGACAACGACAAAUGGGUUGUUUUCCAUUUCCACUACAACAAUGAUGGGCUUUUGUUUCGGCCAAAGAAGGGCCAAAUGUACAUUGGCUGCACCAGCAUCACUGUUUUCCACGGGCAAACCCUCGACAACGGGGCGCGUGGUGAUAAUCGGAUCUGGAACCGGGAUGACGGCCGUGACGGCAAUCCCAACACAGGAAAUACGCGAUCUAGAGCCCUGCAAUGCCCCAGAGGACAGCGGUGGUACAUUGCCCAGGCGGCUGCCCCGAGUGCUGCGGGCAACCAUUAUUACGCAACCGAACUGGCGGAAUUCGCGCGUACUCUGUAUGACCAGGGAUAUCUGGGGGCUCAAGCAUUCAGACUGAUCUACCCGGGCAGCGACAACCCCUUCGAGUUCCAUACGUCUCAGUAUCAGCAGUUCGGGGACGGAAUGAGUCGCAAUUUCCUCAUGGUUGAGAGGGAGAUUAUGGCGGGAUGGACAGAGAAGAACGACCUCGCCACCGCCCGCCACCUGCUCAACCGCAACGUCUCCCCAGAUGAGCCUUACAGUGAUCCGCCGCUCAGCGUGGCCAUCAGGCACCAGCGCUUGGACAUCGUCCAGCUACUCUACGAGCAUAAUGUCAAAGGAUUCAUGGGCGAGUUCAACGCGACAGAGAUCCACGUCGCCGCAAGGGUCGGCAAUCUCGCCAUCCUGGAGUUCAUCUGGAACAAGCUCAAGCCUCGACACCAACAUGAUGGCUUUCUCCACCGGGCCGAUCUCGACGGAAUGACUCCUCUGCACGAUGCGGCCGCCUCUGGAUCUCUGGAUUGUGUGCGGUUUUUGUUGCGCGAAGGCGCGGACGUGAACUCCUGCCCCGAACACGGUAUGACCCCGCUGCAUUAUGCCGCGAAGAGCCCCAAUGCACGGGAAAUUAUCGAGGUGCUCGUGCAGGCUGGGGCCCAGGUCGAUGCUGCCGCCUCGAACGGAGAAAGUGCUCUCUUUGGUGCUGUCGAGUCUGAUGACAAGGAUGCGGUCGCAGCGCUUCUCCGCGCAGGGGCGAGUGUCACACUGCGGAAUCAGUACAACGAAACCGUCCUCCACACUGCAGCGUACAGCAGUUCACUAUCUCUCCUGCAGACAUUGGUUGACGCUGGAGCGGAUAUGACCGCGCGGAGCACCUCAAACUCGACGAUUCUGCACCGCGCAGCGGAGGCCGGGCGCGUAGAGACGGUUGCGUGGAUUCUCCAGCAUACGCAUCUGCCAGCAGACGACGCGAACAGCUACGGCUGGACUCCACUGCACUUUGCGGCAGCAAAAAACCACCUCAGCACGGUCAAGUUUCUCGUCGAGGAAUGCGGUGCAGAUAUCUCCGCCCUCCCAUCAUUCCCCAGAAACGCAUCCGCGCUGCACUUGGCUACUCACUGUUUCGGCGAGGACCCAAUCCCCCGGGCCAAUUGCACACGACCAGUGGCCGACAACACCUCCCUAAUCAGCUACCUCCUUGCGCACGGGGCGGACGUCUGGGCGCGCGCGGACGAUGGCAUUCUAAUGGGCGGCUACGAGUCCGGAGAAAACAUCUUCAGAGAAUUGCACGAGUGCACCAGUGGGCCUGAAAGCGAGGAUGAUUGUGAUACGGUCACCCCGCUUGACUGCGCCGCUGCUAUCGGGAGUAUACCCAAAGCGCAGGCUCUGCUUGCUGCGGGAGCGGACAUCAAUGCACGUAGUCGGACGGGCAUGGGCUGGACGGCGCUGCUCCAUGCGGUGACGACACUUCCGCCGCACUCUCCUGGGGGCCCCAUAACCCCGAUAGUCCGGUUUUUGAUUCAAAAUGGAGCGGAUGUGCGGAUUGUGGAUACCAAGGGGCGCAGUGUGGUGCAUUAUUUGUGCUAUUAUCUGCGGGCGACAGAGCCUGUGCGGGAGUUUUUGGUGGAGACGGGGGUUUACAAGGAGGAUCUGGAGGCUGCGUUGGAUUUGAAGCUGAUCCCUGGGCUUAUGAGGGAUCUGAUAUACCGGAAUCAGUCAUGA